GGUCGUAGUAGAUCUGUGGUUUGAUUAUAUCAGCGGCCAUAUUUGAUAUUAAAUAUUAUGACAUUUCACAUUUAGCUCACAACCAGGCGUUAAAUUGUCAACAAAAUAACAAUUUUUAUACCUGAUCCAACCUGAUACUAAAUCUUGAUUCUUGUACAAUAUCAAGUAAUAAUAUUUAUAGUUGACUAUUGUUAACAAGUGUUUUCAUUCCAUCUGCCGUGAUAAUAUUCAGCGUCCAGCCUUCUACAUAAAAAUAUAAGAAUGAAUAUUCUACCAAAGAAACGGUGGCAUGUGCGGACUAAAGAAAAUAUUGCCAGAGUCAGACGAGAUGAAGCAGAAGCAGCAGAAAAGGAGAGACAAGAAAAAUUAAGGAUAGACCAAGCUGACCGUGAAUUGCGUCUCAAUAUUUUGAAGCAAAAAAGCAAACAAAAGUUAGAAAAUUUAGAGACUACUUUCCCAGAAAAACAUACAUUAGAAACUCUUGAAGGUAAUACACAUGAACAUGUAAACUUGUUUGCUGAUAUUGAACAUUCAGUUUGUACUUCCAAUAAGGAACACGAUAAAGAGGUUACAGAGAAGAAAGAAGAGUAUGAAAAGAAGAUUGGUUACUUAACAUAUCUUGGACAAGAUACCAAUGAGGCACUGGGGAAGAAAAAUUGGUAUGAAGUGCUACCUGAUUCAUCAAGAUUUUGUAGACCUGAAUAUGUAAAAGAUACUUAUGAUAAGUUGGUACUCAAAGAUGAAGAUGGUAAACCAAAGACAAAAGAUUGUGAUGAGAAAGAUGGGGAAAUUAAUUGGAAAUCUAAACAAUGCCAUGAUCCAAUUAAUGCAUUUAAAAAAUAUUGUAAAUCAGACAAAUCAAAACUAAUAACUCAUACAGAAAUAAAAAGCAAAAAUAAAGUAGAUGUCACUGAUUUAAAACCAAAAAAGCACUCAAACAAAAAAUCAGACAAAGAAAUAAAACUUCAGAAACUCAGAGAAGCAAGACUCAAACGAGAACAAGAAGAAAAACAAAAAACUGUUUUAUUUUUAACUAAAUUAAAUGGUAGUCCUACCUUGGAAGAUAAAGAAAAACCUAAAAAAAUAAUGCCAAAGUACAAUUCUCAAUUCAAUCCAGAGCUUGCAAGACAAAAUUACAGAUAAGAUUGAAAUAUGUUUAUAUGCCGAGAAUCCGGCUUGUCUUCAUGUAAAUAAACCAUCAAAGUAUGUCAAAACAAGAUAUAUGUAUAAGAAAAACUAUUAUCGAGUCUCCAUUAACACAAUUUAAACUUAACUGUUUUUCUGCAUUUAUUUGUUCUAGUUUUGGGAAAAGGCUUUUUCUGGACUGUUGAUGAAAACUAAUUCCUCAUACAGAAAUAAAAAGAAAAAAUAAAUAUAUAUUACUGACUGAUUUAAAACAAAUAAAACUUCAGAAACUCUGAGAAGGAAGACUCCAAAGAGAAUAAGAAGAAAAAUAUUUUUAAAUAAAUUAAAUGGUGGUCCGUCCUACAUUGGAAGAUAAAGAAAAACCUAAAAAAAUAAUGCCAAAGUACACUUUCAAUUCAAUCCAGAUCUUGCUACACAGAAUUAGUAAAAUACAGAUAAGUUUGUUCAUUAAAGUCUUGUUUUGGGUUAAAAGUUUUUUCUGGACUGUUGAUGAACAAUUGGAGCAUGAAAGAAAUAUAAAUAAUAUUUAUUGAUUA